UGUUUUUCAUGGACGCAAAAAAAACAGGCGGCGUGCGUACGUGCACACUUGUGCGUGUGUGGGUAAGGGGAGGGUAGGUGGGCGGGCCUUGGAGGAACUCCAUCCCACCUCGGAAACACCAACCAGGUACGGCGGCUCCUUCCUCCUCCUCCUCCUCCUCCUCCCGGAGCUCCAUCGCUUCCAGCGAAGCGCUGUGACGGAAAACCCGCAGUGAGCCGCCGCGAUGUCGGUCCACUGAGCGGAACCCGCGCGCCGUUCCCGCAUGGAUCCCCAUCUGCCGGCCGGCCCGUGAGCAGCCGCCGCAGCGCGUCCUCCAUCUCCGCCCGCGCGCGCGUCCGGGACUCCGCAGCGCUCUCCGGAUGGCUAGACACGAGCGGCAGGACUGGUUCGAGCGCGAGGAAUUCAUCGGACAGAUCAGCGACAUACGCGUCCAAAACCUGCAAGUGGAAAGGGAGGCGGUGCAGAAGAGGACCUUCACUCGAUGGAUGAACCUCCACUUACAAAAGUGCGACCCGCCCAUCCAGAUCCAAGACCUGUUCCAGGACAUCCAGGAUGGGUUUAUCCUCAUGGUUCUGCUGGAGGAACUCUCCGGCUGCAAACUGAUUCAAGGCUUCAAGAAGUCCUCCCACCGAAUUUUCCGACUCAACAACAUUGCCAAAGUCUUGGCCUUCCUGGAGGAGCGGAACGUGAAGCUGGUCAGCAUUGAUGCAGCUGACGUUGCUGAUGGGAACUCGUCCAUCAUCCUUGGACUCCUCUGGAACAUCAUCCUUUUCUUUCAGAUUAAAGAGCUAACUGGAAACAUUCAGAGUCAGUUUCCCUCCUGUUCCAGCCUUUCGUCCAUCCCUACGAGCUCUGACUCGGACACGUCCCACAGCAGCACGCCGUCCGAGGAAAGACGGAGCGCCAGCAACGCUCUCAAGGAGAACAGCAAAGCCAUCAAAAAGCUGCUGCAGUGGAUUCAGAGGAAAACCCGCAAGUAUGGCGUGGCGGUUCAAGAUUUUGGAAGAAGCUGGACAAGUGGAUUGGCCUUCCUGGCCCUCAUUAAGUCCAUUGAUUCCAGCCUGGUAGACAUGAGGAAAGCCCUACUGAGGAGUUCAAGAGAGAAUCUGGAGGAUGCCUUCAGGAUAGCUCACUACAGCCUGGGCAUUCCACGCCUGCUGGAGCCCGAGGAUGUGGGUUUUAAUGAGCCAGACGAGCAGUCCAUCAUCAUGUAUGUUUCCCAGUUCUUGGAGCAUUUCCCUGGACUUGAGGAGGCGGAGGAGUCCACUCAGCUGAUUGAGCGGAGCGUCUCCAUGGGCCGACUCAACGACGCAGAUCUGAUGAGAAACGGCGCCAAUCUCAGCAGAGUGAAAGAGCGGUCCAGAUUGUUCCAGAGAGACGGCUAUAAGCCGCCUCCCAAAGUCCUACUUUCUUCCGUGUCGGAGGACAGAGGCAUCCUUUCGCCUCGCCUCAGGGUGGCUGCAACUCGCUCCUGGUCCAGUGAAGACGUUCUGUCUGACUCGCCUCUUGACGUUGUCUCUAAUGACGCCCAAGGAGUCGCUGAGGUCCAGCAGGAUUUGACCUGCACCUUACCUCAGCAGUCUUUCUCUCAUUCACCGUCAUUCGCACCGGAUUGUGGAAACCCAGAGCCUGUAAUCCCCGACUCUGCCAUCCACUCCCCAGAAUCCUGGAUGGAGAGUGAGCUGAUGCUUGAGACUCACAGUGACAGUUCUCUGUUUGACAGCGGGCCGGGCUGGGAUGUGUACCGGGCCACACCUGUGCAGGUGACACCAGUGGAUGAAGGAUUCAUGUUGUCCAUGGACGACAGAGCUCCAGAUGAACCCUUUGUGACGGGAUCAUACAGCGAUGAAGGAGUCUCCUCGUUGGAGAGCACCCAGGACAAAGCCCACCAGGAGGAACAGGACAAGGAGCUGAACUCAAAGAACCAGAAUCUGGUUCAGGAACUCAUCAUUGAUCCAAGUGAAGUUGACUUUUCAAAAGAGACAGACCUCAGUCCCAUCAGUACAAGUCCACUCCACAAAGACAGUGAGCAGGAACGGUCCUGGACAUUCAAUGAAGAAUUAACUCUCUCAGGUUCUGAAGAUUUCCUUAAAGAUGGUCAAACAAACCAUUUUCAACCAGCCUUCUCCACAGAUGUUCCACCUCAUGAAGAACACACUGAAAGUUCUCAGAGAGAACAGGAAGGGAACAAAAAGAACCUAAAUGAACAAACUGAUGGUCCAUCUGGGGAACUACAGGAGAGGGGAACCUAUGUGGAAGAGUAUCAAAAAGCUGACUCUUCAGUGGAAGAUGAAGGAAUCGAGGUAAAAGGUGGAAAUGAUCAAGACCAGAAAACCCAGGAGGAAGAACUCUUAGCUAACGCCUCACAUGAUGAAGAAAUCAGUAGUUCUCAGAUGAUAUUAACUAAUCAAGAGGGAGCAUCAAAAACUGGUCUAAUUAUUCCCAUCAUUUCCAUCUCCAGUGAGCCAAAGGAGCACAAAGAAGAAUCUGGCUCAGAAGACCAGGAAACAGAGGAGAAACUCCAUCAGCAGUUUGAGUCUGGAUAUGGGGAAGAUGACACGGAAUUGAACAGUCCUACAAGUCCAGUUGCUCUGGAGCAUGGUCGUCUGGAGGAUGGUCUUUUGGAGUGUGUUCCUCUGGAGCACAGUCCUCUAGAGCAUGUCUACAGUGAGGACCUCAAAGAAGAAUCUGAGGAGAGACCUUCCUGUCAGAUAUCAGAAAAUUCUGAAAGGAGGCCUUUGCAAACCACCCACUCUGAAGACAAACUACUGUCUGAUGGAGAUGAACCUCCCAGAAACUCUGGGUCAGAAUGUGUGCAGAACCAGGAAAUGGAUGAAGCCAGACAAAAGCACAGCUCAGAUGAUUUUGCAGCUGUAAAGAAGACAAUGGCUCAGGCAAAUCCUGACAGUGAUGCAAGUCAGGAACCUGAGGGACAUGGAGUAAAACCAGCCGGUCCUGCCUCUGAAAGCGGCCCCCAAAUCCCCCAUCCGAGCAUACUCGACACAGACACUUUAGACCUAAACGAAGCAAAAGUUUCUCCAUUUUCUGGACCACCAGGAUUAAACAGAAACAUGGACUUGUUCUAUUCCAAAUUUGACAAAAGCUCUCCCUCAGAGCAUCUAGUUGGUGACCCAGUGGAACCCAUGGAUCUGUUCUAUCCUGACAAAGAGGAGCCCAUGCUCUCAGAACCUGCUGACACGGAGAUGCAGAGGUGGCCUUCAGUUCUGAGCGUCUCAGCUCUGGAGCCAGCGCCGCCGUCACUCGAUGACAUGGAUGACGAACAGCUGACGGGAGAGGAGGAUGAUGAUCAACUGAAUCCAUCCAGCCAGGGGCCUGCUGAUGCCUUCUCCACCCAGGAGCAGUGCACGAUGUGCGGGGUGCCGAUUGGGGAAUCCCGGGUGGAUUUUCCAGCAGACAGCAGGGAGUCUGAGAGUUGGAGAGAUGCGGGAAGUUCCAGCAGAAUAGACGAGAUCCAGACCCCUGUAGGUCUCCGGCGCAGGAAGGGUUCUCACCUCGUGGAGUCCAGGGACAACCAGAGAGCUGCAUCAAGAACAGCCAACAGAGAUGGCACUUGCUUUUGGUGGAACGAGAAUUCGGACCUCUAUCUGCUGCUGCUGCUCUGGGUGCUUCUGUACUGCCUCAUGCUGCUGCCGCAGAUGGACCUAAAGGAGCUGCCGAGUCUUCUGCUGAACCUCGACUGAACUCACACAAAAGUUCCAACACGCACAAGCCCUUUCCACACAUGAGACACGCACGCCGUCAUCCAUAAACUCACACUUGCUUGUAAACGGACAAAGGAAAUAGGUUAAGAGGAGUAAUAGGCAGUAAUAGGCACCUGUAAGAAGUCAUUUUUCUCCAUAGUUGCAGUCUCUGUAUUGACAGGUCAUUGAUUCAAUCUGCUAGUCACUUAAUUAGACCAUUUAUGAAAUAGCUUUUUCUUUGUAAUACUACCAUUUUUAAUUUCUAACUACAAGGGUUUAUUCUCGUAAAAUUAUGAAUUUGGCUUACGGAGUUGACUUUUUUUCUCAUACUUUUACAACUUUAUUUUUGUGGCCCUAAUAAUCCGUUGUAGGUGACGUCAUAUUUGCCUGUUAAGAAAAAAAUGGAGUGAGCAUGUGUUUGAAUUGUGGUAAAAUGCAGGGCACUGUACAGUCUUCUAGGGGUUAGGAUGUAUGGAAAAUCAGACAUAACUACCGAUAAUAUUUUAGUCUGUAGGGCAAACUAUAUUAAAACCUUUUUUAUGCUUGAUGUGCCAUUUUAAUUGUCACUGAAUCCAAAAGACCAUAACCUUUGCUAUUGUAAAAUACAAAAAGCAGAAGCUACAGCUUGAAACCCCCUUUUUCUUUUUUUUUUUAGCUUUUCUUAAAUAUGAAAUCAUCAGCUAUGUUAUGGCUCUGUUUUUUAUUGACAAAUCCCUAAAAGCCAAAUGACCGGAUCCAGAUCCGAUCCAAACACAAAGAAGUCUAUGUGUGAAAGGGGCUGAAACACAAUUUCACUGAAAACUCACUCACAGACAGCUGAACUGCCACUUUUCUUCACUACACUCACUACGCUAAAGUAAAGUGAAGGCAUUUUAUUGUUGGUUUUUAACAAAAGCUACUUGUUUUUGUUUUGUAAGAUUGUGUUAUUUUAAGAAAAACUUCGCUGAAAUGUAAAAAAUAUAAAAAAUUAAACGUUUAAAAUCUAUGAACACCUGCAAAAGAAGCUUCACAGUGACAGAAAGAUCAUAUUUUAGUCUUUAAAUGAAUAAAUAUCUUUGCAAGAAAGACCUCAAAUUCUAUGUUUCUUUCCUAAAACUACUCGAGACUUUACAGAAGGGUUUUAUGAAUACAGAUGUAAUUUUACGAGGAGAAAUGUAAAUUUAUCAGGAAAUAUUCUUGAAUGUGAAAUGCCAAUGUCAGAGCGAUGUUCAAUCCUCUGCUUUUGUAGUUCAGAUAUUGCAGCUUCAGUAUCAGAUUAUCAGAAUGUAAACUGUUGACAGAAAUGGAGUUAAUAACUGUUUAAAGAGGAGAUAAAUAGAUUUAUUUUUUUGCUUCUGUGUGCUGUACAGGGAAUAUUUACCUGUGAUACUUGACCUUUAAACCAAAAAAUUGUCAAAUUUGAGAAAAGAUUCCCCAAGUUAAUAAAAAGGGUUGAUAAAAGCUGCCCCUUUGUUUGACAUGACGGAAUUUUUCAAGUAAUGACCGGCAGGGAUCUGGAUGGUUUUGCAACAUUAUAGAGAAGAAAGCAGACCUACUAGACCAUUCAAUCAAUGGCGUGAUGAUACUUCUGAACCUCCACUAAACAUGGUUAUAGUACUGGUACUGAAGCCAAUAUUAGAUCCAGGGGGUGGGGGGAGUUUUUCCCCAUGUCCAUGCAUGUCUUCCAGUUUUCCAGUUAUGUUUUUCUUUAUUAUGACGUCCUUUUUUUAUCAGUUGUUGUAUCUUGUGUGCUGUCAGUUGGAGCCUUCAGGCCUGAAUCGUCUCCAAGUCCGGUGUUGUUCUUAUCCCUCCUUUAGAGUUACACCAUGUUUUGGAUAACACAUGGCCUCUUAACCUGCACUUUUUUUCUCAUCUAUUGACCUAGCAUGUGCUUUCUGAGACAAACAUUGUUCCAAGAUCCCGAGCUGAGUCUAGGGUUGGUUUAGUGAAUAGUUCUGAAGCCUGGAAAAAAGGUCCAACUAAGACUUUGAACCAGCAAAGGUUUUUCCUUCUAUAGUAAGUUCUCACUUAACUGUACCUGUUUUAUUUAUUUUAUUUUUUUUGCCCAGAGUUUUCCAACAAACCAAUCAGUCUUGCUGGUUUUGAGCCAACUUCCUCAUAAAUUGGAGUGGGUAAAAUGUUGUCCUCCAUGGUGCUGCCACUUUGACUUUUUCCUUCCCAUCGCUCUGACAUGCAGAAAUGUGACUGAAGAACAGUCCAAACUGUUGGAUGAGCCACUUUCACCAAGGUAGAACUGUAACAUCACGAUGAAGAUGCUUCCCUGGUUAAACUUUCACAAGAAGUUGAGUUUAAGUCUGAAGCGCUGAGUGUUUUUUAAUUUUUUUUUUCCUUUCUGGAGAGGUUUUUCAGUGUGAAUGCUUAGAGUAUCUUAUAUAUUAUACAAAUUGAUAUGUAUUGUAACUGCUGAAUUAAAGUGAUCGUUCUAUCA